GGCCCAUGGAUUAUAAAGAAUCCCGGUGUAGGCCCAUUAAAAACAGAUUUAUAAUGGGCCGGAUGAUUUCAUUGAGCCUGGUCGUAUAAAAUAGAGGCCCAUGGAUCGUCAAAUAAUUCGAUCGUCUUCCUUAUCUUUAUCUCCAGGAGCUGCAGCAGCAGCUCAGUCGAACGACAGAGAGAGAGAGCUCGGCAGCUAUGGCGACUUCAGCAGUUUCGUCCACUCUAUUUUACUCCCCAAUUUGCUCCAAAUCACUGUCGAAAUCCAACCGUUCAUCAUCUCUUGCGUUCUGUGGGAAGUUACCGGGCAAUGCGACGGCGAUUGUCACGCGUGGGAGAGAGCGCGAGAGAGCGCCGACGGUAAAGGCACAAACUUUUGAUUUCUCCGGCUCGUUUUAUCAAGGUGGAGGAAAGGAUUUCGACGAUGAACCGCCGUCGACGGGAGGAACCGCGACAGCGGUGGAGGAAAAGGAGGCCCAUCCUUGCCCACCUGGGCUACGCCAGUACGAGACCAUGGCGGUCCUGAGACCGGACAUGUCUGAAGAUGACCGGCUUACUCUUACCCAGAAGUACGAGGAGUUGCUAGUUGCUGGGGGUGGGAUGUAUGUGGAGGUAUUCAACAGAGGGGUGAUUCCACUGGCCUACAGCAUCAGGAAGAAGAACAAAGCCGGGGAAACCAACACUUACUUGGAUGGGAUCUACCUCCUCUUCACUUACUUCACCAAACCGGACUCCAUUACCGCUCUUGAAUCGACAUUGCAGGCCGAUGAUGAUGUGAUUCGAUCAACAACCUUCAAAUUCAGGAAGAGGAGGUACUAA